GCCCCCCGACGACAGUCUCAAACAUUUCAUCAUUAUUAUUGCCACGCUAACGAGCUACACCAAGAGUCAUAUGACUUCAUGGAAAGAGCAUCGAUUCCUCGAUCAUGACCUCACAGCCUAACUCUUGAAUGAACUUGCAAUCCUCACACUUCACAACGUUCAUAUCGAACAACGCGACCGGCACCGAUGUCUGCUUCCUCGAAACUCGGACUAGCAACCCCAGUCUUCACGACAACAUACUUCAACACCUCAAGCCCUAACUUAUCCUUCACCUUGCGACCCACCGGCCCCACCAUGCCCAUCUCAAACCACUGGACAUCAACCGACUCUGUCCCGACGUUCGAUCUGGGUCCAGCAGCUGUCGAGUUGAGGGAAGAAAUGGUGUUGGGGAUGUGGGAGCAUCCUGUACACUUCCAUACUCCCAUCGGAGGUAACUCACCGAUGGGCUUUGCAACGGAUUCGGGGUACACAGACGCUGUCGAUGCCACCGUCGGGGCUAUCUCACCUUUGGAGCUGCCACCACCUCUCACGCCGUCCUACAUCCCACCCUCAACCCCAAUUUUGAGGUCCACCUCGAGGCGAAACCCACCUCCAGCCCUGGAGCAGCUGCCGAAACUGACCUUUUCGUCCUCGAUCGAGUCGAACUCAUCCACCGAGUCCGCGACCGCCGGGACACCUCACCCGCCCCCCGGACCAGUGCGUCAUAUCUCUUUCGCCUCGGAUACCAUCACGCGUCCGACCGGCCUUGACGCGCACCACUCCGUCCAUCUCCAUACCGGGCGUGGUCGCGCGCCGAGUCCUCAUCCCAACGUUCUGGCGCGGGCGUUUAAGAAGCAUAAAACCCAGAGAGAGGGACAUGUGGGGGUGGGUGAGAGUGGUGGAGAACGAAAGGGUGUUAGUAUUGGGGAGAAGGUUGCGGGGGUGUUGGGGGUUGGGAUUAGGGUUAGGAAGGGGUUGUGGAUGCAGUGAUG